AUGCUUUCCACCAGGACUGCUCUGGCAACUUUACGACCAGCUCUGCGUCCUGUUCGCUGUGGUCCACGACAUCUCCCGCCUCGCAGAACAUUCAUUGCGUCAACUAUACAAAGCUUGUCAGAUGGCUUUCUGGACCUGGCAAUCGCGCUACCUUACCCUUCAGGCUGGCCACCAUACUCCUGUACCAUAAUCCUAGUCACCGUUGUGACACGGCUCGCAUUCACUGUGCCAUUCUCCGUUUGGGCCAAGAAUCGACAAUGGCGUGCAGAGACCAUCGUCAUUCCUCAACUGAAGAGUGAAAUGUCUGCCAUUCACAAACAGGUGCAGCGAGACAUGAAACGGGAUGGCUUCCGAGGGGACAAAGAUGCGGUCAUCGCGGAAAUUAACAAGCGGACCCGACCCAUAGCAACCACCCGCCGAAAGGAGCUGCUCGCGCAGCACAACGCCUCCCCCAUGCCGACCAUUAUCGUACCCGUCGUCACGCAGCUCCCCCUGUUCAUCGGCACGAGCAUGGUGCUCUCGCACGCGUCGACCGCGCCGACGGUCCUCGACUCCGAGUCGUUCUUCACGCUCACCUCGCUCGCGCACGCGGACCCCACUGCAACCCUCCCGAUCCUCCUCGGCGUCAUCACGCUCGCGAACGUCGAGAGCUCACGCUGGUUCGUCGGCGCGGAGGUGCUCCAGCGCGAGGCGCAGGUCGCCAAGUGGACGGCGGAGCGGCGCGCGCGGGGCGAGCAGAUCCUCGAACCGCGUAAGAUCCACCAGAGUGCGCUCAGAGUGCUCUCCGUCGGCCGGAUCCUGAUCGCGGCGAUGGUUCCGGGGAGCGUCCAGCUAUACUGGGUGACGUCCGCGACGUUCGGCCUGAUCCAGUCUUGGAUCUUGGACUAUUGGGAUAUGAGACGACGCAAAGAUGUUGGGCCGCCUCCGACGACCGGACCAAAACAGGCGUAG